AUGAACAAAGGAGAAUCAACAACAAAUGUAUCUACAGUUUCAAAAGGUGCAGAAGGUCGUCAACGUAUCAAUAUCCAACAGGUGCAAAGUGUUCUUCUAAUCUGGUUAGACAGCAACAUUGACGAAACAAAUGAUGAUUGUCAAAAUACAAUCACAAAAUUACGAUGUGCUGUUAAUGACAUCAAUACAUAUACAAAUGGUGAUGAAUGCCUUGAAUUUAUUCAAACCAUCAUCGACAAAAAGGUAUGCAUGAUCAUAUCUGGAUCACUUGGACAACAUUUUAUGCCUCGUGUGCACAAUAUGUCUCAAGUCGAUUCAAUGUUUAUCUUUUGUGGCAAUAAAAAAUAUCAUGAACAAUGGACCAAGGAUUGGCCCAAAAUAAAGGGUGUCUUCACAGAUAUUACACCCAUCUGUGAAGCACUAAAAGAAGCUGCCCAUCAAUGUGAGCAGAAUGCCAUUCCCAUGAGUUUUGUGGGAACAAAUAAAAAGUUGGAUCAAUUAGAUCCUUCUUUUAUGUAUACUCAGAUCCUCAAGGAGAUCAUAUUAACCAUCAAGUUCGACCAGAAGCACAUCCAAGAUUAUUUUAACCACUGUUGUGAUGUUUUUGUCGAUAAUGAAGAAGAAAUGGUUAAUAUUAAACGAUUAGAAACUCAGUACUACAAGAAAACUCCAGUUUAUUGGUACACCUGUCAGAUGUUCUUGUAUCCGAUGCUCAAUCGUGCAUUACGAAUGAUGGAUGGUAAUAUCAUCACACAUAUGGGCUUCUUCAUUGGUGAUCUCCAUCGCCAAAUUGAACAACUACACAAGGAACAAUAUGCUAAUACAACUGCUGCUAACACCUUUACCGUUUAUCGUGGUCAAGGUUUAUCUACAGGAGAUUUUGAAAAAAUGAGCAAAACU